AUGGGCCUGAGCGACGACAAGGAUCGCAUUGUGAUAAACGUGGGAGGGAUCAGACAUCAGACAUACCGCAGCACUCUGCGCACCCUGCCCGGCACCCGCUUGUCCUGGCUGGCCGAGCCUGAUGCCCCCAGCCACUUUGACUAUGAUGCCAAGAUCGAGGAGUUUUUCUUCGACCGCCACCCUGGCGUGUUUGCACACAUCCUCAAUUACUACAGGACAGGUAAGCUGCACUGCCCAGCCGAUGUCUGCGGGCCCCUCUACGAGGAGGAGCUGGCCUUCUGGGGCAUCGACGAGACAGACGUGGAGCCAUGCUGCUGGAUGACAUAUCGCCAGCACCGGGAGGCAGAGGAGGCCCUUGAUAGUUUCGGCGGGGGUGGGCUGUUGGACCUGGGGAGCGAGGAUCCUGAGCCGGAGCAGGAGCACGCUGAGGAUGAUGUGGAUGAGAUGACAAGGAGGCUCGCGCAGGGGGACGCUCAUCACACCAGGAGUGGGAACCUAUGGAGCCGGUGGCAGAAACACGUCUGGGCCCUGUUUGAGGACCCGUACUCCUCUAAAUAUGCAAGGUGGGUAGCUCUGGCCUCGCUGUUCUUUAUCCUGGUGUCCAUCACCACCUUCUGUCUGGAGACCCACGAGGCCUUCAACCCCAUUAUCAACCGCACUGAGCUGGAGCUGGUGGGCAACAUCACCGUGGUGCACACCUACCAGGAGACGGAGACUGCGGCCUACCUCACCUACAUAGAGGGUGUUUGUGUGGUGUGGUUCACUUUCGAGUUUCUAAUGCGAAUAACUUUCUGUCCAAAUAAGUUUGACUUCAUUCGGAACGCCCUGAACAUCAUCGACUUUGUGGCCAUCCUGCCCUUCUACCUGGAGGUGGGCCUCAGCGGGCUCUCCUCCAAGGCAGCUAAGGACGUGCUAGGUUUCCUGAGAGUAGUCCGCUUCGUGCGGAUCCUGCGUAUCUUCAAGCUGACACGGCACUUUGUGGGGCUCAGGGUGCUGGGCCACACACUGAGAGCCAGCACCAACGAGUUCCUGCUCCUCAUCAUCUUCCUCGCCCUUGGUGUUCUCAUCUUUGCGACCAUGAUCUACUACGCUGAACGGAUAGGAGCCAACCCCAACGACCCUCGAGCCAGUGACCACACACACUUCAAGAACAUCCCAAUUGGAUUCUGGUGGGCUGUGGUGACCAUGACGACCCUCGGCUAUGGAGACAUGUUCCCUCAGACGACCUCCGGUAUGCUGGUGGGAGCCCUGUGUGCCCUGGCGGGCGUGCUGACCAUCGCCAUGCCCGUCCCUGUGAUUGUCAACAACUUUGGAAUGUAUUACUCGCUGGCCAUGGCAAAACAGAAACUACCAAAGAAAAAAAACAGGCAUAUCCCACGAGCUCCCCAACCAGGUUCUCCUAACUUCUGUAAGUCGAGCAUCAGCUCCCAGCCCCAGAGCCCCAUCGCACAUGACGACGACGUUUUCGAGAUAAAGUUUCAAGACUCCAAGCUGAACGGGGAGGCAGCUAACGCAGCGCUGGCCAACGAAGACUGCCCCCACAUUGACCAGGCGAUAUCUCCGGAGGAAAUCUUCAGUCCCAGCGAGCGAGAGCGGCCCUGCUUCCUGGUCACGACUGCUGAACGCCCCAACCACACAGGGGGCAGAGUGAGGAGGGGUUAUGAAAAGCCUUGGAGCCUUAACAGCAUGUCUGGCAUGAGCGGGGAUGCCUCUGGAGUGUCCUCAGUGUCUGCCCUGCCCUGCAGCCCACCCUGUCUAAUGCAGCACUCACAUUCUCCCAUCCCAUCCAUUAUGUAGCAUGGUUGAGUAGCAGACACAAUGCCAUUGGAAGGCCAGUCCACACCCCUCCUUCUUAUCCUUCCUGUUUUUGGUUUUGUUUUUACACUUGCCUUUGCUCCUGCUUUCUUUCAUUUUUUUAUAAUUUCAUUUUUUUCCCUGGACAACUGUAUCUUACCUGUGCUAGUACUCAAGCUUCCCAAGUGUUCUCCUUGGGUGUGUCAUCAUAUCCUAGACUAGACAACACUGGCACAUGCCAAUCUGCAUGGGUCACCACAGCUGCAGACAAAGCACUGCUCUACUUCUACAACAGGCUAACCCCACUCUCUGCCUGUGUGUACAUCAUUGCCUGUUGCUCUGUUGCUUUUGAUCUCGCAUACUCUCCUGCCAGUAACUUUUCUAAUCUCAUCUGCUUUUACAAUAUUGUGAAAGAAAUUUUCAUAAGAUGUAACCCCUGCUAACGGCCCAAUAUGCUGGAUAUUGACAACACAUGGCUUUGAAACAUAUCCAAAGGGAACCAUGGCCAGCUGUUAAGGGAACUCCUCUAAAGUGCUUUGUGACGUUGCAAAGUAGAGACGUUCACUUUCUGUACAAGUACAACCCAGGCGAGGCUUUAUGUUAUCUGAGUGGCCAUUAGAAAAGGUAUUAUUACAUGAUGAUGUUCAUGAUGUCCAAUGCAACAUGGAGAUGAUGACAAUUCACAUACAAGUGAUUAUUACAUCCAAUGUCAAAAGAACUAAAACUGUUUGUUCAUUUGCAUGAACUGCAUGAGAAAUUAUGUUCAGCGAGAAGCUAACUGUAUCGUAGUACCUGUAAGAAGCUCAAAAGCUUCUAAAGCUUUGUCAUGUUUUUAUGCAUUUUGAGACAGCUUUACAAGAGACUCAGUCAUAGCAGAGGAUUGAUGUAGCUGCCAUUCUUUGCCUUUCCCCAAAUUCGUACAUUGAUUUGAUUUACUCGACAGGGGCCUCCAGCUAAAAUAUCGUGAUUUGACUUGAACAAUCUGCCAUGAAGCCAACUAAUCCUGUUAUGAGCAUAGCCAGUUUUUUUACCAAUAGUUACGUAGUUACGAGUUUUUAAAGUGCCGUUAGUCUGCAGCAAUUUCAGUAACUGCUGUGAUGCCUAAAAUUAACGUGAGACUCAUGAAUUAUUAAACAACGGUGCCUUCGUACCUGGUGAAACAAAAAGCUGUCUCAGAAUUCAGGGUGUGCAUCCUUCGGAGGAUGCUUUUAAAGUCCACUUGCAUCCCAGUGGCUCGACUAGGCUUCUACGUUUCAAAGGCUCAUUCAAAAGCUGACACCAAUGCACUCUACUAUCCCAGAGAAACGUUGGCUACAACCAAUAGAUCCUUCUCGUCCCAACCUAUCCCAGGAUUCAUUGUGUUUUGGUGACAAAGGGUUUUUCAAAGCGGUAAUAAUGCCAGCAAGCAUCAAGACAUCGAACGCUUCAACUCAAACAAACAGCUAACUAUGCACACGUGAAAAAACAAACUAUGGGGGAUUAAAAAUGUCUCUACCAGUCCAACCUCAGCUCCGGUGACGCUCGUGACACCUCUGUAGACCGGACCGUCUACUUUCAUUUCGGCCUUCGCGGUCUACGCAGCCCACGAAGGAGGCGCUCUUCGUGGCUCGGGUAGAUAGUGUCAGUGACAGAGAUGCAGCCCCUGAAUUAAGAGACAAGUAAAGCAAAAGAGAGAUUAAAAUUUAAAUGAUAUUACAUAAGUGCUCCCGGUGUAGCAUUGACUCACUUUAUAUACCAUGCUCAUAACAGUGUGACGAAGCUUUAUAUUACAAGAUGCACCUUGUACUUUUUGCACCUCCCUACGUAUCCUUAGUGAUAGUAAUAGAACGUGUAUUGUUACACCACACAAUCCACAGUAGAACUUCACCUCUAGUGAGAGACCAGAAGAAAACACCAGAAGAUACUUUCUUAACAGUCCCUAACUCAAGAAAGAUUUUUGUAUUGUAAAGCACAACAGGUUAUUAAAGGGGACCAGGUAGGUUCUCCUGCAGUAUAUAUCUCUAUUGAUUUAAAAACAUCAAUACUGAUACUGGUACAUGUAUUGAUACUGUCCCAAUACUUAUGCACAAUUAUUUCAGGGCACUUUAACAAAUUUGAUGUUGAUCAAUCAAAAAAAAAGAAGAAAAAAGAAGAUACCUUUCUAGAAGAAGAUAAGUACAGCAUCUCAUCUAAGUGUUGUUCUUAUUCUGAAUGAGCAGAGUUUUACUUUUCCAGUCUUGUCUCUUGUGGUAAUUAAUGGGCGUUAUAUAUUUCAAAAGAGAAAAAAAAAAAACUUGUGACGAUUUGAUGUGAAGAGAUGCAGGUGAAUUAUUUGCUCAUGCAAUUCAAGUGAGAAAAAAAAUAACAACACAACCCAUCAUGUUAUGUGGGUCUAUACUUGGGGAAAGGUAAAUGCAUGUAUUUUACAUUUAUGCAACAGAAAAGUAUUCAAAUAAAAGAUGUAAAUACGAGUCCUUGCAUGAAAUAAAUUUUAUACACAACGAGCGUUUAGACUCCGUUUUUAUUCAGCAGCACAUGCACACAUACGACCUUCUUCGACCGCUAGCAUAUGGCUAGUGGCGCCUACUGCUGUUUGACCCUCGGUCCACCUGUGUUCGGGUCAAACAGAGGAUUUAAAAAAAGGAAAAAGGAAGUGACCCAGAGAGCAUGAUGAGAAGUAUACAAACGCAUGACAGUGACUGAUGUACUGUUCUUAAACCCGUAAAGCGCCGCAUGAUCGGGCAUGUUUAUUAACCGACUCAGCGUCCAACCUCUGCACACAGACACGUCAUCCUCGUCUGAUGCCUUGGCUACGCAUGGGAAACACAUGGUAAACCUGUCGUUUACCAUGAACAACUAACGGAGCACAUUUUCUUUACUCUCCAAGCUACUGUCAUGUCUUCACCUCUGUCGCCCGCACCUCAGACCUCUCCAUCACCGCCAUCAUUUCCACCAUUAUACAUAAUUUGUGUAUUAAUUUCUUUUUG